AAAGAGGGACAGCGCAGGUCGCAAAUUUGUUGCAAAAGCACCUAACUCAGUCCAACUACAUUUCCCAGCAGGUUAUACGGCGCGCAGGGAGUGUUCACUUUGCAACCAGUAGCGCGGAGCCCCUGAGCUCUUAGCAGAGUCCGGUGUUUCUCGGCAGGUUAGUGGCCGACAGGCUGCAAGCUGAGCGGCCAGUCCACUUCCACCGGAGCGGAGCCAAGGGCCGGAGCUGGACCUCAGCAUGGCCGCGAACUAUUCUACCACAGGUACCAGGAGAGAACAUGUCAAAAUUACGUCAGACCCCCAGCCAGGCUUCCUGGAGCGGCUGAGCGAAACCUCGGGGGGCAUGUUUGUGGGGCUCAUGACCUUCCUGCUCUCUUUCUAUUUAAUUUUCACCAACGAGGGCCGUGCGCUGAAGACGGCAACCUCGCUGGCGGAAGGGCUGUCACUGGUGGUGUCCCCGGACAGCAUCCACAGCGUGGCCCCCGAGAACGAGGGCAGGCUGGUGCACAUUAUCGGGGCGCUGCGGACAUCCAAGCUCUUGUCUGACCCAAACUAUGGGGUGCAUCUUCCGGCCGUGAAGCUGCGGAGGCACGUUGAGAUGUACCAGUGGGUGGAGACCGAGGAGUCCAGGGAGUACAGCGAGGAUGGACAGGUGAAGAAGGAGACGCGGUACUCCUACAAUACCGAGUGGCGAUCAGACAUCGUCAACAGCAGGAACUUCGACAGGGAGAUUGGCCAUAAAAACCCCAGUGCCAUGGCAGUGGAGUCCUUCACAGCUAUGGCCCCCUUUGUCCAGAUCGGCAGGUUUUUCCUCUCGUCAGGCCUCAUAGAAAAAAUCGACAACUUCAAGCCACUCAGCCUGUCCAAGCUGGAGGACCCCCAUGUGGACAUCAUCCGUCGAGGGGACUUUUUCUACCACAGUGAAAACCCCAAGUACCCAGAGGUGGGAGACCUGCGCGUCUGCUUUUCCUAUGCGGGCCUGAGCAGCGACGACCCUGACCUGGGCCCGGCCCAUGUGGUCACAGUGAUUGCCCGGCAGCGGGGUGACCAGCUCGUCCCUUAUUCUACCCGGUCGGGGGAGACCUUGCUGCUCUUGCACCAUGGGGACUUCUCGGCGGAGGAGGUGUUUCGCAGAGAACACAGGAGCAACUCCAUGAAGACCUGGGGCCUGAGGGCGGCCGGCUGGAUGGCCAUGUUUAUGGGCCUCAACCUCAUGACUCGGAUCCUCUACACCCUGGUGGACUGGUUUCCCAUCUUCCGAGACCUGGUCAACAUCGGCCUGAAAGCCUUUGCCUUCUGCAUGGCCACCUCACUGACCCUACUGACAGUGGCCGCCGGUUGGCUCUUCUACCGGCCCUGGUGGGCACUCCUCUUCGGCUGCCUGGCCCUGGUGCCCAUCCUCAUUGCCCGGACACGGGUGCCUGCCAAAAAGCUGGAGUGAGGGAAGCCCUGGUGUGGGCCAACCCUGUAGGAGCCUAAGGACACAGGUCACCCCACGCCAGCUCCAUCCCCGAACCUCAGGGGCGGUCUUGGAUUCGGAUUCUGCACCCACUGCUUUUCUGAGGGGCGAACCCGGCUGUAUACCCAUUGGGCUUGGUGUUCAUGGGUUUGCCCUCUCCUCCUUUCUUGCUGUAAGCGGCUUGGUGAGCAUGGCAACUCAAGGGUGGACUCAAUAAGCAGCAUCCUCCUGGUCCCCUCCCCUGUCCUGGGACUGUCUGGGUACAGCAGCGACACUCCAGAGACCUGUUGAUGGCAGGGGUGGCCUCCUCACUCUGCACUGCACGGCCCCCGUCACAUCCUUCAGCCCAGGGGACCGCCUUCGGCAGGCACCAAAUACACUAAGCACUCACCUGGCAUGUAGGUGUGCCCAGACCAGGUCUGUGGAUGAAACCAACCCGGUUCUCAGUCACUCCGGAUGUCACUGAGAACGGCAUGUCUGCUGGCUUAACAUCCCUAGUCUGGACGGACAGGGUCCUGUCAUCGGGUGAGAGCUCCAAAGCCUUACUGCCUUUUCUCUUUGAUAUUUCACUUCUACCCCAACUCAUCGUAGACCUAAAAAACCAAACAUCUUGAACAGUGGACGUCUGAUUGUUACAGAUGACGCCUUGAAUCUGUCAGUUGAGGUUAAUUCAGAGCACAGGAAGCUGCUGAACUGGGUGUGACUCAGCUGAAGUGAAAGUGGUACGAAGCUUUGAGCAGCUUUGGAACAAGUGUCAGCAAAGGAAUUUGCUUUCCCUGCUCCUGAUGAUGGUUUGAGCUUGCAGUCAGCCAUCCCAGGAAGGGGCUGGAAGCUCUGUACCAAGUGUGCUCCUCUGUGCUGACCCAGCCAGCCACAUCCAAGAGCAAGACAGGGCGGGUGCAGGAAGCCAGCUGCCUUCCAUCCCUUUCAUCCUGGGAGUGCUGGGCUUUGAGUGCUGCUUCUGCAUGAUUCUUUGGGGUGCUUAGCGUCCAUCUCUUCACUUGUUCUAAAUAAAACCCACACUCAAUUUACAGUUCCCAAGCUUUUCAGUUCCCUCUUAAAAUAGGUUGUAAACUUGUUGCCUUAACCGUAUGUUUAUGCUAGAAAGUUGUGGGAGUGGUUGCUUUGGCAAGCAAGCUUUUGGUGGCUUCCCUGGGAGGACCUCUAAGGGGGGUGAUCUGCAGAACUCUCCCUGUCCGGUUGUCUGCGCUGUGCACAGGGAUUCUUGGUUACAUCCAGCACCCAAGGGGACUUAUCUAGGCAUAGGACUGAAAUAGAAAUACUAUCCACGACUGCUCAGCAAAUCACUAAACUCAGUGGAUGCUUUUGGAUAAUAGGCAGUACAAGUAGAUGAUGACUAAACAUGAAAAAAAAAUUUUCUCAUGGAUUUAAACUGCCAAUUUUAAAAAUGCAGCAAAACAGUGUUAAGAGUAAUUUGAAGGCUUUGGGAAACCACCACGAAAUUUGUAUUAUCUUUGUAUUUUUAUAAAAGUGCAAAAUAAAUUUUCAGUAUCUCUUGGUAUGAGUUUACCAUUAUCCUGGUUUCGGUGGGCCCAUCAACUUUAUUGAGAAGUGUUUGAAUCUGUACUCACUUCUGAGUUGCUCUGCAAGAUUAAGGCAGGUGUCAGUUCCUUUAUUAAUGACACCGAGCAUCCCGGGCACUGAGGAGCCUGCUGGUUGUGGCUGUUGACAGUGCAUGACUCAUGCUCCAGGCACCUUUCGAGUGCUCCGAGAGGCAGGGGCAGAGGGGCUGGUUCGGGGAUGGCAGACAUGUUUCAAGUCCCACACUGGCCAGAUUCUCACGGUGUCUGGCAAAUCAGAGUUCUCCCGGUCUCAGUUUCAUUUCUAAAUUGGGGGCAAUGCCUACCUCAUGAGAUGGUGAAGACUAAAGAUUAAGCCUACAAGAUGCCCGACACUUCCACCCCUGUUGCUUCAGUGGUCAGGAAGUAGGGGCUGCUGCUGUCCACUCUGAUGCCAGCAGUUACAUUACUUGCUUGAGCUACAGGCAUGGGGGAACUUUUCUGAAGCCUACUCCUGAGUUUCUCAAGAGAGACCCGCUCCAUUUCAUCUCCAUAAUACCUCCCAGAAGCUGACCCUGCUGAAGAGGUCAUUUCUCCAGACAGGGCAGUAGCCUUCUCAUCUGGGAACAACACAAGCGCCCACCCCCAGCAGGCAGCUCAGGCAUGCUAAGUGUGGAAAUGCGGUCUCCAUAGCAACCCGGCCUGUUUCUCCACCACACAGCCAGCAGUGCUCCCGCCGCUGAGUCACACCCAGGGUUUUGUUUGUGUCCCUUGGAUAAAAGUGACUCAAUGUAGUUAAGGACUCCUUUCAAAGAUUAACAUCUUAAGAAAAAAAAAACUUCAGGUGUAUGAGCUCCCAGCUCACAUGAAAACAAAACCUCAUCUUCCCUAUCAACAUGCUCUUGGUGGUGGUCUUGGUAAAAUCUGAAACUCCAUAUUCCUAUGUGAAAUAAGUCAGACGUGUUUGAGUGCCACAUUGUUUCUCUGGUGUGAAACGAAAAGUGGAAGAAGUAUAUAACAGAUAUUAUUGGGAAAUGGGAAGAAAAUGUUCAAAUGGGAAGGGAACAAGGGAGGAGGGAGGGAGAAAGCAAGGUGGGUUGAGAAAAAAAGUGAAAAUAGAAGGAAAAAUGGAAACAAAGCUUUUGUGCAUACGGAGGGGAGGGGCCUUGGGGGGAAGUGGAAUAAAAUAAAAUUUAUUUUUUAAAAAAUGUAGAGGCAAGUCUUUAGAUAAAUGCUUUAUUUUUUUCUCAAAA